AUGGUGCCUCCAGUCGAGCUCGUCGUGCGCAUUCUUGCCGAACUCUGGGCUGGCCAAUAUUCUAUCGAUGAACAAGUUAUAAUUUUCUCAGCUUGCUCUCUUGUAUCCAAACAGUGGUCUGCUGUGAUCAAGCAGGUGAAUUCCACGCACUCGUUCAUUCCCUUCUCCUAUAAUGGAGGACGACUGUAUAGCAUCAAGUCACUAUCCUCAAUCUCUCAUCCAAUGCUCUGCCGUACCAUAACUUUCAGGAUAGAUUAUGUGACAUUGCCAGGGCUGCUUCGUGCCGCUAACGAGUGCACGCCGUCUGUCGAAGCUAACCGGGAAAUAGUAUCUACGCUUCGGAAGAUGUUCCAUGGCCCUAAUCCGCCUGUACAUGUAACCCACAUCUACGUCGACUACGUCGACGAUUCGCAAAUCCACAUCCCCCGCUUCUGGGUUCCCAGGCAAAUUACACGGCUAACCAUUAUCUAUCACUAUCGUCGUUGCGUGUCUACUAGUUUCCGUCUACAGUAUCCCCGCUCCUGCCACUGUGGAAAACCAACCAUUAAACCACGAGUCCAGCAUCUUACCGUCAUGGGAGCCACACCCGUGAUCGUGAAGCAAAUUGCCGUUUGCUCUUCGAUUUCUGUUAUUAAAGAGUGGUACGAUUUUCCGCGUCAGGAUAUUGGGCUUGAUUUUGUGUAUCGGUGUAUGUUUGGCGAACGAAGGAACUCUGACUGGUUGCGCUGGUAUUACGGUUCACGUUCCGGAAUAAGCACCGCUCAUAACAUACCAAUGCUCGAACAAGUCAUUCCAGUAGGCUCUGUGGGGUACAUCGAUCCCUUGUCGAGGAAGUUUAUCAUCCUAUUCAAUGCCAUUGAUCCGACGUCGUCCACGGAGCCACGAAUUCAUGAAAUAGCUUCCCUCCUCGAAGGCGAGACAACAAAACUGAUCAUAGACCCAAAUUAUUCUCCUGUUCUGGAGUGGGAUUGCAAACGUACACUUUUCAAUACGGAUGCGCUUGGGGCUUUCAUGGAGCAGAGAUCGAUUUAUGAUAUCCUUGUUGGACUUGGAUGCUCCUCCGCAACGCUCUAUCUUGCUUUGGGACGAGCUUUUGCCCGGCACCUUAUAGGAACUCAUUUUGACAGCUGGUUUCUUGAGCACAAACAGAAGAUUCUGGAUGUAUUUGAAGACGAUCACCCAUAUAUCCGAAAGGGAUUGGAACUUGUCACCACUGCCAUAGACUCCGCCCAGUAUGCUUGGCUUGCCCAUCUUGCCGCCGAGGGUAGAGCUCAAUAUGUAAAUACUACCCAGUUCCUUUGUUGCAGUGUUACCAAGACUCACCCACAGAUCCGCUUUCGACUCGAUCCGAUGGCUGUAAACACUCAUGGAAGUGUUUGGGGCGAGUUCUUACCUCCUCCAAGACGAUACAACUCUGAGUCUCCUGACAUUAUGGCUGCAUGGGUUCAUGUCUCCACUGUGGGCCAAUCGCCAAAGACAGUAGAAAUCAACUGCCAUUCCUUGAGUCUAGCUUGA